AUGCCGCUUCCCGAAUUACCGGGAAAAAGGCUAUUAAUUGGACAUGCAUUAUUGAUUGGUCCUGGAUUUCAUCUAAGGUGCUUAGAAUGGCAAAAAACUCUUGGGAACAUCUUUAUGCUCCGCGUUGGAAAAUUAUCGAUAAUCAUUUUGAAUAACGAGAAACACGUCGGUGAAUUAUUUCAAAAAAGAGGCGCAAAAUAUUCAUCUAGACCACAAAGUUUCAUAUCCUGGGAAGUGGUGGGACGUAAGCAAGAUUAUAUUGCGGCACCUUAUCAUAAAUGGUUCAAAAAAAUGAUGCCAUUAGCACACGGAGUAUUUAACCAACGAAAAAUAGAAACCUACAUGGAUUUAAUCUACGAAUGUCGCGACGAACUGCUGAAAAUCCUAGCUGAGGAUUCAAAUGAAAUUUUUCCCAGCAGACAUUUUCAAUAUACAACACUUAACGUAAUCCUGAACGUUGUCUUUAACUCAAAGACAAAAGGAAUGACCGAUCCACUGCACUUCCAGUUUCUUGAUCUAAUUGAAAGGACUUUUGCUCUUACACACGUGCAAGCGAGAAUUUUUGAUGCUUUGCCGAUUUCAAGAACUAUCUUAAAAAAUCGGUGGUUACAUAAGAAUGCUAUUGAUCUACGAGACGAAUGGGAAUCGGUGUUGGGAAUGUUGUUAGAGAAGGUUAAGAUUAAUAAAUACGAGGAUGGAAAGAAGCAGGAAUAUGUUUCUUCAUGUUUUGCUAAAGAUUUAUUGGCAAAAGUUGAUGAAGGUGUUAUUACUGAAAUGGAACUCAUUCAUCUGGUACUUGAUUUGGUGGUUGCAGGAACGGAAACAAGUGCAUCUGCAAUGACUUCCCUUAUAGCUAUUGUAACUAAUGAUCCAGAAAUUCAAGCUCGAGCACAUGACGAACUUGAUCGCAUUGUCGGGCAUUCUCGUCUUCCUACUUACGAUGACUUGACAUCUCUUCCUUACAUUCGUGCAAUGGUCAAAGAAGUUUUACGGUGGGCUCCUCCGAUAAUUCUGGGACCUCCCCACGUUAUUGAGGAGGACGACGACUACAUGGGUUACCAUAUUCCUAAAAAUAGCUUAUUGCUGAUGAAUAUGUACGCGUUAAAUUGGAACCCAGCCAGAUUUUCGAACCCGAGUAAAUUUGACCCGGAGCGGUAUUUAGACAUGAAAGAAAGUUCGGCCGCAUUGGCGCAAGGAAAUGUUGAAAAUCGAGAUCAUUUUUCUUUUGGAGCCGGACGACGGCUUUGUCUUGGCAUUCGUUUGGCCGAAGUAGAACUCGAGUUAUUCAUUGCUUCUAUAUUCUGGGCUUUCAAAAUCGAGCGUCCUCCUACAGAGCCGGAACCGAUUGAUUUGACGAAAUUUGAUUAUAUUGGAAUUGUGCAAUGGAUCAAGCCUUAUAAUGUUCGUUUUAUUCCUAGGCAAAAAGAAUCUUUUUUUUAA